GCUUGCCUCACAAGAAUGCAUGGGUCGGCGAAAUUAUUUCCCUUCGCAUACUUCAGCUCACACGUUACAACUCUGGCUUAUCUUAGAUUACUGACAGACUGUACACUAAUCUUUCUUCUUUUGCGAUAUUUUUUUCGUCGCCUAUCGGGAAAAUAUACGCGCAGCUGUUUGCAUAAAUGCGUUUUUUCUCCUUUUAAACGCUAAAAGGGCGACAAAUAUCGGGCACCGCAUAACGAGUUUGCGUCAUUGUGUAUACACUAGGCAAACCUUUUUUCUUUUUGCGUUGUGUGUCGCAUUGCCGCCUGCAAGGCCCGUCGGAAAAAUCUCUAUCUCAGCUGCCGGUGCCGACCUCCCGGUCGGUUAGUAAGUUCGCAUUCUGUGAUCGCUCACACUCGAGUUUGCUUUGCAAACACAUUUUUCUCACUUCUCUCGGCACUGUCAGUUUCUCGGACCCGGCUCAUUAUCGCCAAUGGUCACAGCGGCCAAGCCAAAAAAAAAAAAAAAAAACGCAAGCUCGGCGACACGCAUGCGCGGCGCGCGGAAGCCGAGAAAGUCCUCCGCCGCGGAACAGGGGCACCUGGGCGAUGGAAACGAUUGGUAAGCCUGCGCGCGUGGUUCCAUAUCUUCCUCGGGGGGACCUUGGGCUGCCAUCGAGUGCGGCAGUCGCGAUGUGCGGCCGAACUGCGGCUUCGCGGGGCCUUGAAAUUUUGUUCUUCUUUCUCUGUGCGUUCCAUUUCUGCAGGCCAGCGUGCCCGAGCGGUGUCGGAGAGGGCAGCGGGAUCGUCAGAGUUCGCUGUCCUCUUCCCCGCGCCACGCCUCUCCUCUUCUAACUUGGAAGGCGGUCCCCGGCGAGCCGCGGUUUCCCUAUAAAAGCGACCCGCGGAGACCCCCGUUUAUGUCAUGACAUUUGCUCUCGUCCCAGCUAUCCAAGCAAGCAACAUGAAGGCUACGUUCUUCCUCGUCUGCCUCGCCGUCGUCCUCGCUCUGGCUGCUGCCGGCGGCUUUGGCUACGGAGGAUUCGGGCGCUUCGGCGGAGGCUAUGGUGGCAUCGGCCUAGUCAGGGGCUUCGGCUACGGAGGCUAUGGAGGCGGAUACAGGGGAUACGGCGGCUAUGGUGGAUACGGUGGCUACGGAUUCGGCAAGGGCUUCCAUGGAUAAGCGUCUCCACUGGAAUGCACCAGCAGAGAGUCGUCUCAAGCUCUCAAUGCUGCCGCCAGCGACGCACGCUCUUCGUGAAGACGUCCGGUGUAGUGUUCUGGCACUCAUACCGUUCCUGUGUAAACGAGCAUCUCAUGCGCAUGAUCAUCAGUGAAAAAUAAAGGUCCGGUUCUACCACCAAA